GUUGUACUCUUUUGCAUACACCUUGGUCAAUUUGAAGGAAAUAAUUAAAAAGUUACAUAAGCAUUAAGUCACACUAUGACUACCUUCUGUGGUAACAUAGUCAAUUGAGCACAGGCAUGCUGUAUUCCAGACCCCUUUCUAUUCAAAGGGCCACAAGUCAGUAGGUACAUUAAUCCCAUUUACUACUUGUGUUUACCAAUGUAUUAUCACAUAUAGAAGCAGUGUAAACAUGUCAACUUACAUAUUGCCUUGGAAUUCAGUGGAGGACCGACAAUACACAGUCACGUCUUUCUGGAGACAGAAAAGCCCACUCUUUAGACCUUUGUAUGAAGAUGAUGAGGAGGAUGACUUUGAUGAGUUCCGUACCCACUUCCCGAGUUUUGGACAUGGAAGUGGAAUAUUUAGACAAUUUGAGGACAUGUUUCGCCAAAUGGAGGAAGAAUUUCGAGGAAUGGGUAUUGACAGGCCUGGGCCAGGAAUGAUGCCAGGUUUGCCGCCAGAUGCACCACAAAGGAGUCCAGGCCACCUCAGAGAUUAUAUGCUGAAACAACCAGAUGAAGACACAUCCAGAUUGAAUCCUACACCAUACAGUUCAGAGGAGAGGGAAGAUAAAGACUUAGAUGCUGAUGUGCGUUCUAAAGGAUUAGAUGCUGUUCUGAGAGGACUUCCGUCUUUUAAGGAACCUCCACAUCAAAGAGAUGAGGAGCCAAGAGUUACACCUAAUCAACCAUCUUUUAGAUCUUUUGGGUCAUCAUCAUCUUUUGUUACCAUAAGAGGGGCUGAUGGGAAAAUUGAACAAAGGAAGACGGUGAGAGACAGUGAGGGGAACGAGGAAACAACAGUCAUUAGGCAAAUUGGUGAUAAGACACAUACAAUUAUCACACACAGGGACAAAUAUGGGAGAGAACAAGUGCAAGAAGAUUACAAAAAUAUAGAAGGGAGUGAACUUCCAAACUUUGACUCUAAGUGGCAGGGCCAGGGAAGAAUGAAUGAAUCCAAUGACCCCAGAAACCAACUAAUCAAGCCUGAACAUGACAGUUCAAUGUUUGGUCGAGGCUUUUUAAGCAACAUUUUUGAAAAAUUCUAUUCCAAAUUCCCAUUUAAAAAGGAUGACAGAUAAGGAAAUGUAUUGAACUCGAUUAUUUAUUUGCAGUCAUUAUUGCCACUUGAUUAUUUGCAUUGUUUUGGGUCAUACAAAGUGUUGAAGUGAAAUACAUUUGGUGAACUGAAAAAUAUGGUGCUUUCUCUAACAAGCUUGUAAGAUCUUGAAAAAAAUGUUUUUGUUGAUUAAUAAAAUAUGAGAAAUCCA